GCUGUCUGACAGCCCGGCUUCCUGUGCGUGUUCUUCAUGUCUGCCGGCUAGCAAGUGCGCAGUUAAAGUGCGCACAGACCGUCCGCUUGGCUAGUGUCUCUGGUGCAAUAAAAUGUUGGGGCUGCGGUACCACGUUUCCCUGCCGAUGGCGGCCGGUGCUUUGUUUGUUAUCAUUCCUUAUAGUAUCUCACUCGUUGCACAGUGGAUGUACGGCUGGCCAAAUAAACCAGGGUACAAGAAGUAUAUAGAGGCUCUACGGCCAAGGCGGAUAUACUCUCUGACUAGAGCUGUGCUGGAAAUGCUUAAGUAUCUCCAGUAUGGAAAACUGUACUUUCAGUGGAAGUCAUGGUACAAUAACAUUGACAACCAUAAACAUUAUGAAAAAGGCAUCACUUUUGGUCGCCGUGGGAACAAACUGGAUUUGUACUACUCUCCGAGCAUGGACCAAUCAGGCGGUGUUCCUACAGCGGUGGUAGUUUUUGUGUAUGGAGGAGCAUGGGGUUCUGGGGAGAGAUCCAUCUACUGCCUGCUAGCCUUGCAGAUGGCAAAAGAGCUCAAUGCUACUGUGGUCUGCCCCGAUUAUGCCACCUAUCCAAAGGGUACUGUUUUACACAUGGUCCAGGACAUUGCUGACUGUCUGGUGUGGGUAGGGGAAAAUGGGUCACAGUUCAAUAUAGAUAAAGGCAACAUCGUGUUGAUUGGCCACUCAGCAGGGGCCCAUCUGUGUGCGCUGACCACACUCUUCUUGGUUGAGGGCACUGAGGAGCUGGCGAUAGAUGCAGCCAAACAGAGGGAGAUUACCCUGUCAAUCAAAGGAGUCACAGGGCUGAGUGGGGUUUAUGAUAUACUGGACCAUUACCAGCAUGAGAAGAUGAGGGGCAUCGAGUAUGUUUCCACAAUGCACAAAGCCAUGGGGGGAGUGGAGAACUUUGAGUUCUACUCACCCACAGCUUUACUGAAGAAGCUCUCUGAGGAAAAAUUGGAAAGGGUGCCUCCCUUUUGCCUGCUCCAUGGAACGAAUGACAUCAUCGUCCCUCCAGAGUCUUCUGUCAGGUUCGCCGAGGUCCUUGCCUCACUCUCCGUGAAGGUGGCCCUUCACCUCCUGCCCAAAAUGGACCACACGGAGAUCGUCACUGACCUCAUGGCCACAGACAGGCACUUCUACCACACCGUCUAUGGCUGUCUCAGAGAGGAGUACGAGAAGUUUCAGGGGAGAUGCUGAAAUUUCUGCAUCAUGAAGAUUCUCUUCCAUUUUUAAACAUUCGAUUCAGUUUUAACACUCAGUUAUCUCAGUGUUUGUAUUUCUGUGCAUACUUGAUGUAUCAUAUCAAAUGUCCUCAAAAUGAA